ACUAAUAAUAAAAUAAAAAUAUAUGUAAAACCUUCAACUGUUUAUCACUCUGUUUCACGGUUGCACAAGUGAGAGAGAAACAACGCAGAUCAGCUUUCUCGAUCCAUUUCUUCUCUACAUCUGCUUCAAUUCAGGGUACAUGCUGUUUUCUGGACAUAAACUGCUACAGUAUUCAUUGUCUGAAUUUUGAGGAGGAAAAUUUCUCAAGCACUGAAGUAAAGAUGCAGAAUCAGGAUGGGCAACCUGCGGAGCCUGAAACGGACACCAUAACAUCACUACCAACCUCUGAGGUCAAUGACUGGGCGAAUUAUAGGGAUGAUGAAGUUAUGCAGCAGCAUUCUGCCAUACAGGCAGAGGAAGCUGGGAAAAUACCAUUUGUUGGUGACAAGGAGCCUCUCUCAUCUUUGGCAGAGGAAUACAAGUCAGGAAACCCAAUUUUGUUGGAGAAAAUUAAGGUUCUGACUGAACAAUAUGCUGCCAUCAGGCGAACAAGGGGAGAUGGGAAUUGCUUCUUCCGUAGCUUCAUGUUUGCUUACCUGGAGCAUAUUCUGCAAUCACAAGACCGUGCAGAAAUCGACCGCAUCACGGUCAAUGUGGAGCAAUGCAGGAAGACACUUCUCAGCUUGGGCUACGCAGAAUUUACUUUCGAAGACUUUUUUUCGCUGUUCCUUGAGCAACUUGAAAGUGUUCUUUCAGGGAAAGAAGCUUGCAUAAGCCAUGAGGAACUUGUACAGAGAAGUAGAGAUCAGUCAGUAUCUGACUAUGUUGUGAUGUUCUUUAGAUUUAUUACAUCUGGUGAAAUAAGGAAACGUUUGGAGUUCUAUGAACCAUUUAUUCAAGGAUUAAGUAAUACCUCAGUGGAGCAGUUCUGCAAAUCAUCGGUGGAGCCAAUGGGUGAAGAGAGUGAUCAUGUCCACAUUACCGCAUUGUCAGACGCACUGGGCGUGCCGAUCCGCAUAGUCUAUCUUGAUCGCAGUCAUGAUGAUAAAGGGAGCGUGAGCGUGAACCAUCACGACUUCACUCCUUCUGCACACAAGGUCACUGAUGCUAAUAUCGGUGGUGUCGUGGCGCUUGAACCGUUCAUUACCUUGCUGUACCGGCCCGGUCACUAUGACAUUCUGUACCCAAAAUAACUUGUUUUACCAGUGCCAAUAAGUUGGCUGGUAAUAAUGGAAUUUGGUGGGAUGAUGUUUUCUUCAUGAUGACUUUUUAGACAUUAAGCGAAGUGGUGAUGAUAUUUUAGACUUUAAUGAAUCAGGAAAACAUUGGAAACUCAUGCCCCUCUUUCAGCUUUUGUUACUUACUAUACUAAUCAAGUGGCAAACUUUGUCA